CUCUGCCUGUGUCUCUGCCUCUCUCUCUCUCUCUGUGACUAUCAUAAAUAAAUUAAAAAUUAAAAAAAAAAUUAAAAAAAAGUUUGCAAUCUCUGAUUGAGCUGUAGUCUGGACUAGAGGAAGGUGCCACUGCUGCUGAUGGAAGUGCCCCAUCCCACAUGGAGAGCUGCACAACGGGUGUAGCCACUUCAAACACUGCUAAUCUUCCCUUCUGGCCACCUGCUAUUCAGCCAGGAGCCUCGGGCAGGUGGCUGAACCACGUUCCUUCCCCUCCAGUGCUCUGGCUGCAGGGGAGUCUAGGAAAUGGAGUUCUGGUUGGACAGUCAUGAAAUAACAGCUGAAGCUAUGGAUAAGAAGGGAGAUGGAAGGAGGAACCUUUUUCAGUCUCAUACACAUCUGAUCUGGAACAAAAAUUUUUAAAAAGAUUUUAUUUAUUUGAGAGAGAAGGGAGCAGACUCCCCACUGAGCAGGGAGUCUGAUGCGGAACUUGAUCCCAGGACCCUGAGAUCAUGACCUGGGCUGAAAUUAGAUGCUUAACCAAUUGGGCCCCCCUGGAAAUUUUAUUAGUUAACUUAAAAAACAUGUAUAUAUUGCUUAAGAUCUUUCUCAGGCCUUGAACAUGAUACCCCUGAGAGCAUUUGCCAGAACUAGAAUAUAGAAAACAAAAAAAUAAAUACAAGAAGACAAGAGUGUUGGGAUGCCUGGGUGGCUCAGCGGUUGAGUGUCUGCCUUCGACCCUGGGUGACCCUGGAGCCCCAGGAUCGAGUCCCACAUCGGACUCCCCACAGGGAGCCUGCUUCUCCCUCUGCCUGUGUCUCAGCCUGCCUCUCUGUCUCAUGAAUAAAUAAAAUCUUCAAAAAAAUAAAAAGACAAGAGUGUUGAGUAGUGUCUAUCUUUUGUGAAGGCUCUAAGCUAAGCCUACUCUGGCUCUGCUCUUUUCUGUUAAAAAGGAAGAUCAGUGUUUGCAAUGAUAAAGACUUACGGCACCAAAUAGUCUUCCUUCUUGUAGGAUCUGAAAGACUUCACUAAGAGGCAAGUAUUAUUGCAGAUGGCAAAUGGAAACAUCUCACCCAGCACACCAGGUUCUGUGGUCAGUGGGUCCUGGUUUUUAUUGUCUGCCUGGUGGACCUCCUAUGUUCCCUAUGAGCAAUUGACAUGCCCACUCCGAGCUACAUUUUAUUCCUGUGUAGGGAAAGAAUUCCUGUUACGUUUGGGUGUUUUUUAAAGAAUUUAUUUGAGAGAGUGAGCACAAGGAGGGAAGGGGCAGAGGGAGAAGCAGAAAGCUUCUGGCAGGAAGCCUGCCACUGGGCAGGAAGCCUGAUGUGGGGCUUGAUCCCAGGACCCCUGGAAUCAUGACCUGAGCCAAAGGCAGAUGCUUAACUGACAGCCACCUGAGCGCCCCAGAAUUCUGGUAUAUUCAUACUGUGGUACCAUUGGUGUAGGUCACUAUCCCCAACGGCACUCAGUAAGCCUAUAAAUUCAGCAAAUACUUGCCAAGUACCCAUUAUGCUAAAUACUGCUCUUUGCAUAGGACACACAGUGGUGAAUAAAGCUAAUUGCAAAUACCGUGUUCUGAUACAACUGAGGUGGCCCAGCUGGGGAAUGGUCCCCGGUGAUAAAGGAAAGCCAGUCAUUGGUGACUUGAGCAGAGCUGACUUGAGCAUCUCCCAGCCAUGAUGGUGCUGGGUAAUUGGGUGCGUAGAGAUGGCUGAGGUCCAGGCUUUGCCCUGAUGAAUUCUUUCCCAAUCCCCAAGCCCAUGUGUGCCUGAUCCACUUCCCCUGCACAAAAGUUUGGACUUGAGGCCAGAGGUGAGAAUGUCCUAUGACGGAGAUGGCCGCGCAGGCGAAUGAUCUUGGCACGUGGAGCUAUAGGAAACAGUUUUAUUUUUAAGGUUUUAUUUAUUCAUGAGAGACAGAGAGGAGCAGAGACAUGGGGCAACCCCAAGUAUAUAUAGGCAGAGGGAGUAGCAGGUUCCAUGCAGGGAGCCUGAUGUGGGAUCCCAGGACCCCAGGAUCAUGCCCUGUGCCAAAGGCAGGUGCUCAACUGCUGAGCCAUGCAGGUAUCCCAGGAAACACAGUUUUAGAGUUUGAGACUUGAGUUCACAUCCCUCCCCGCACCUCCACUUUCUCCUGACCUGCAGCUGCCAACUCCAUGCUCAGUGAGUGACAGGUGUGGGCCUGGAGCCAAAUCUGGCCCCUCUGCUUCCUGGCUCUAGACUUCAAGUUUCUGAAGGCUCUCCCCUACCAUUUCUAUGUUCAGUGGGGUUAUAACAGCCCCCUUGAGGUGAUGCAGUCCAUUUGAAAUUAUGUGCCGAGUGCUCUUUAAAUAACUGUUGGCUUUCAUUUCAUGGUCCCUAUUUUACAGAGGAGAAAGGCGAGGCUCUCAGAAAAGAAAUAGCUUAGCCCAGGUCACCCAGUCAGGAAGUGGCUUGUGAAGAUAAAUAGUGAUUAUGGUAGAGCCUUGCUAGCCUUAAGACCCAGCAUAUAAUACUUGGUCCUUGAGAGUGAGGGCUGUUCCUGGCGAUCAAAAGGCCGCCUUGUUCUGUCCUUGAACACAGGAAAUUCCAAGAUAGUUUUCUGUACUAGCUGCCUGUUUCUGUUCUUGGAGGGGCCCAGGUACCCAAACAGCCUAGAAUUGACAAAGAUGGAAUUGAAUAUCUCAACCUGCCUAUCUGGGCCUCUGAUGGUUGAGGUGGGGGCAGGAGCGCCUAGUGUCGGGGGCCGUGCCAUGCCCAAGCUGGCUGACCGCAAGCUGUGUGCUGAUGAGGAAUGCAGCUACCCCAUCUCCAUGGCUGUGGCCCUUCAGGACUACGUGGCCCCCGACUGCCGUUUCCUGACCAUACACAGGGGCCAAGUUGUGUAUGUCUUCUCCAAGCUGAAGGGCCGGGGGCGGCUCUUCUGGGGAGGCAGUGUUCAGGGAGAUUACUAUGGAGAUCUAGCUGCUCGCCUGGGCUAUUUCCCCAGUAGUGUUGUACGUGAGGACCAGACCCUGAAACCUGGCAAAAUCGAUGUGAAGACAGAUAAAUGGGAUUUCUACUGCCAGUGAGCUCAGCCUACCACUGUCCCUGCUGUUUUUUUUUUUUUUCCCUCCUUCUGGCUUUAUGCAAAUAUAUCAGCCAAGUGCAAAA